GGUGCAUGGUAAUGACGUGCUGCCAUGGUGAGACUUUCCGUUCAUCCUCAAGCCAUACAUGUACAUAUACCACCUGAUAAACUGGCUCUGGGAGCUUGGCCUGCCAACCUUUCCCUCAUGACAGAAGCUCGACACAGUCCCUGCAGGCUGGCCGACCACAAACGCUCCUCCCACCAGAACCGGUGACACGACCGGCACGAUGGCGCCUCUCGUGCCAGACGCGUCCUUCGACGGACCAAAGCCAGCAAACCCAGCCCACACUCCAGUACUGGCCGACCAAAGCGAGGCCAACUGCCCCUUCUGCCGGAUAGCAGCCCUCUACAGGCCCUUCGACCCGUCCUCGCCCCCGGCAACCGACUCCCCCGCCCUCUCGACCACCAAGGCAGACCCGAACCCAGAGACCUACGUGCUGCUCUCGACCCCGGACGUGAUCGCCUUCCUCGACAUCAUGCCCCUCUCGCGGGGCCACCUCCUCCUCUGCCCCCGGCGCCACGCCCCCAAGCUCACGGGGACCACGCCCCGCGAGGCCCGCGAGCUGGGCUACUACCUGCGCGUGCUGUCGGCGGCGCUGAGCAGGGCCACGGGCGUCGACGACUGGAACGUCGUGCAGAACAACGGCGCCGCCGCCGCCCAGGUCGUGCCCCACAUGCACUACCAUGUGAUCCCGCGGCCCGAGAUCCGCGCCCAGGGCCGGUGGAGCGAGAAGUUCACCAUGUUCGGGCGGGGCCAGAGGAGCGACCUCGAUGCCGAGGACGGGGAGCUGCUGGCGGGCAGCGUCAGGGCCGAGAUCGCGAGGGUGCUGGCGGAGGAGGUGGCGCGGCCCGUCAAGGGGAAGCUGUGAGUUGUUGUGGGCAUGGGGUUGCACAGCCAUUCUGGUCUUUGGGUGAGAGGAGAGGGCUCGGCCGACCUCUUUUGCCGGCCUGGCCGUGGUACGACGGCGAGGUGAGUACUGCCUUUGGCUCUUCAUCUUCACUAUUUGACCUGUUAGGUACACUGGAUGAUUCACGACUCUCGAUGCUUUAGGCGCGGCGGACAAGCACCCAGUUGGGAUGCGGACCUAACAUCAAAUGCAUUCGUGCCCUGGCGCCGAUCAAGCGAUGGACCAUAAUUGCAUGCGGAGUCUCAAGAGCCUGCCCGCUUCUGCUGUAACUUUGGUCACCGGCUCACUAAUUGAAGCGCAUUUUGAACAAGUUCGGCAGAAUCACGAGUAGACACGAAUUGUAAUGGGGCAUCGUCUACGGGCUCAACUUACGAGCCGCGAGGGCAACUAGACAUAACAUUGGCCUCUCUUUGUUUGUGAAGACAACUGACGCGAAUAUGGGGCGCCGGCGGGGACAUUAAUGAAUAUGUGGAAGAUAAGACGAGAGUCAGGAGACAGGAAACAUACCUGGGCAGCGAGUGAGCAGUUGCGCAUGUAGAAUAUUACUAGAGUCAAGACGCCAGCCACAUAUAAUGCAGAUCGUUCGGCAAACUGCCCGUUGGCACACUGCUGGGUAUCGAUCAUUUUAUUUCGUUUCUAGUAGACCAUUCCCACCAUUCUUUUCAGAUGCUUCAUUAUCUAUCUUGUACAUGAUCAUGAUCCAUCGACAACAAAUGUCUACUCGUCGUCACCGUGGAACACCCGGAUGGGCAGCCAGGCGUCGCCGCAGACCUUGAACCUCUCCUUGAUGCCGUCGAGGGCGGCAACCUCGUCGUCAGUCAGGCUCCAGCCGUCCAGCUCCCUGUUGGCGACGAUGCGCGACUCGGUGACGCUCUUGGGCAGGACGGAGAAGCCCUUCUGCAGGCCCCAGACCAGCAGGACCUGCUGGGGCGACUUGCCCUUGUUCUUGGCGAUGGACAGCAGGGCCUCGUUCUUGCCGAGGGGGGAGUCGGUGCUGCCGAGGGGCGAGUAGGCGGAGGGGUGGAUGUUCUUGCCCUGGAGGUACUUGAUGAGCUUGGGCGAGGGGUUGCAGGGGUGCAGCUCGAUCUGGUUGACGGCGGGGGUGACCUUUGUGGUCUCGGCGGCGAGCAGCUUCUCCAUGUUGGUGAUGUCGAAGUUGGAGACGCCGAUGUUCUUGACCUUGCCCGUGUCGAGCAGCUUCUGCAUCUCGCGCCAGGUGGCGACAAAGUCCCAGUCGGGGUAGUGCUUCUUGAGGUCGUCGGGGUCGGUGGAGCUGGGCCAGUGCAUCAGGUACAGGUCCAGGUAGUCGGUCUGCAGGUUCUCGAGCGACUUGCUGAAGCCCUCGGUGACGCGCUUGUGCCAGGGGUUGUCCAGCUUGGUGGUAAGCCAGAUCUCGGAGCGGGGGACGCCAGAGGCCUUGAUGCCGUCACCGACCUCCUUCUCGUUGCCGUAGGCGAAGGCCGUGUCGAUGUGCCGGUAGCCU